UGCAAUUUUUCCCCCCUCCCUCCACCCAUCUGCCAGUUUGGGGCACAUUUAAUUCUAGCACACGCUUGUUUCUCAGCUAAUUGGAGCUGGAGCUGAGGUAGAAACAGAAGAUAAUAUAUUUUCAUGAAAACCAGAAUGGAGAAAAUAUUUUUCUCUGAUUUCAUAGGAGAAAGAAAACGCAGGCGUUAGACGUUUUCUGCAGGGAAUCACAUGGUCUUCCCUUCAUUCGUGUAGAUGUUUACAGACAACUUGGACUGGUUGCUAGGAAGUACAGAACCAGUUGCGCAGGCCACUUCUGGUAAAGUAUGUGGAACUUAAAAGUUAUUUAAGGAACAGAAAUGACAUCACAAUUGAACCUACCAGAAAAUUCAGAUAACUGGACAAAAGAAGAUGUAAGUCGGUGGUUAGAAUUUCAUAAAAUUGACCAAAGGCACAGAGAAAUCUUGACUGCACAAGAUGUGAAUGGAAAAAUCUUAAAGUUGUUAACUAAAAAUGACCUUGUGGAAAUGGGCAUAACACAUGGACCAGCUAUCCAAAUAGAACAUCUAGUCAAAGAAUUGCAAAAAACAACCUCUGAAGAAGUUAUAAACAAAAAGAAAAAAAGCAGCAAAAAUUUUACUCAAACACAAACUGUGGAACAAGAAGAAAAUGGAGAAACUUCAAAGCAAAAAGUAAAGAAUAAAGAGAAAUCAACUGUGACUACUAUCUCUACAAUUACUAAUGGUUCAAAAUCACAAAAAAGUGAAGAUGAAAUAGAUGACACAAAGGAAACACAGGCAGCCACAGAAUUGACAUGUCCAUCAUACCCUUUUGAUGAAUUCAAUGAUCCAUAUCGUUACAAAUUGAAUUUUAGUCUACAGCCUGAAACAGGACCACUCAAUCUCAUUGAUCCAAUACAUGAAUUUAAAGCCUUCACAAAUACAGAGACAGCCACGGAAGAGGAUGUUAAAAUGAAAUUUAGCAAUGAGGUUUUCCGAUUUGCUUCAGCAUGUAUGAAUUCACGGACCAAUGGCACCAUUCAUUUUGGAGUCAAAGACAAACCCCAUGGAAAAAUUGUUGGCGUGAAAGUCACUAAUGUGUCCAAGGAUGCCUUCAUUGACCACUUCAAUCUGAUGAUCCACAAAUAUUUUGAUGAUCAUCAAGUCCAGAAAGCAAAGAAAUGCAUUAGAGAACCAAGAUUUGUAGAGGUUUUACUGCCAAACAGUAUUCCAUCUGACAGGUUCGUUAUUGAAGUGGAUGUCAUUCCAAAAUACUCUGAAUGUGAAUAUGAUUAUUUCCAGAUUAAAAUGCAAAAUUACAACAACAAAACAUGGGAACAAAGUCCAAAGCCCUCAGUCUAUGUCCGAGAUGGUGCCAGCUCUAAAGACUUCAUGAGAAAUAAUGCAGAUUUCAGAGCAUUUAAAUUAGAUAUAAAAGCACUGGCAGAUUCUAGAAAAGAGGCAGAAGAAAAAUGCAGAGUAAAAGCAAAUCAAAAAGAGAGUGAGGGACCAAAGCUUGUUAAAUUAUUGACAGGAAAUCAAGAUUUGCUAGACAAUUCAUACUAUGACUGGUAUAUUCUUGUCACAAAUAAAUGCCAUCCAAAUCAAGUAAAACACCUAGAUUUUCUAAAGGAAAUGAAAUGGUUUGCUGUGUUGGAAUUUGAUCCUGAAUCUGUGAGCAAGGGUGUCGUCAAAGCUUUCAAAGAAAGCCGAGUAGCAAACCUUCACUUCCCAAGUCAAUAUGUGGAAGGAAAAACCCCAACAAAUGAGAAGAUAUCUAGUCUGAAUCUUUAUCAACAACCUGCUUGGAUUUUCUGCAAUGGCAGGUUAGACCUUGACAGUGAUAAAUAUAAGCCCUUAGAUCCAAGUUCCUGGCAAAGAGAAAAAGCUUCUGAAGUCAGAAAAUUGAUUUCUUUUCUUACACAUGAAGAUAUAAUGCCAAGAGGAAAAUUUUUGGUGGUAUUUCUGUUACUCUCCUCUGUGGAUGACCCAAGAGAUCCCCUCAUUGAGACCUUCUGUGCUUUCUACCAAGAUCUCAACGGAAUGGAAAAUAUAUUGUGUAUUUGUGUACAUGCUCACAUUUGUCAGAGUUGGAAAGAUUUACUUCAAGCACGAUUAGUGAAGCAGCAAGAUGAAUUAUCAAGCCAAUGUAUUUCUGCUUUAAGCCUUGAAGAGAUGAAUGGCACUAUUCUUAAAUUAAAAUCAGUGACUCAAUCUUCAAAGAGAUUUUUGCCAUCAAUUGGUUCAUCUACUGUCCUGCUGAAAAAGGAAGAAGAUAUUAUGACUGCUCUGGAAAUUCUCUGUGAAAACGAAUGUGAAGGUACCCUCUUAGAGAAGGACAAAGAAAAAUUCCUUGAAUUCAAGACAUCAAAAGAAGAAGACUUCUAUCGAGGUGGUAAAGUGUCCUGGUGGAACUUCUACUUUUCUUCUGAAAACUAUUCAUCACCCUUUGUCAAAAGAGAUAAAUAUGAAAGACUUGAGGCAAUGAUUCAAAAUGGGGCAGAUUCUUCAAAACCUACAUGUGUCAGGAUUAUUCACCUGUAUCAUCACCCAGGCUGUGGUGGGACCACACUGGCUAUGCAUAUUCUCUGGGAAUUAAGGAAAAAAUUCAGAUGUGCUGUGCUGAAAAAUAAGACAGUGGAUUUUUCAGAAAUUGGAGAACAAGUGACUAAUUUAAUCACCUAUGGGACAACAAACCAUCAGGAAUAUUUACCUGUUCUGCUCCUUGUUGACGAUUUUGAAGAACAAGAUAAUGUCUAUCUUCUACAGGCAUCUAUUCAAACGGCUGUAGCUAAUAAGUACAUCCGAUAUGAGAAGCCUCUAGUAAUCAUCCUAAAUUGCAUGAGAUCACAGAAUCCUGAAAGAUGUGCAAAGAUAUCUAACACUAUUGCCCUAAUACAACAACUAUCCCCCAAAGAACAGAGAGCUUUUGAGCUUAAAUUGAAAGAAAUUGAAGUACAACAUAAAAACUUCAAAGAUUUUUAUUCUUUCAUGAUCAUGAAAACCAAUUUUAAUAAAAAGUAUAUAGAAAAUGUGGUCAGGAAUAUCCUGAAAGGGCAAAAUAGUUCCACCAAGGAAGCAAAGCUCUUUUCUUUCCUGGCUCUUCUUAAUUCUUAUGUGCCUGAUACCACUAUUUCAUUAUCACAGUGUGAAACUUUCUUAGGAAUCACAAACAAGAGGGCUUUCUGGGGAACAGAAAAAUUUGAAGACAAGAUGGGCACCUAUUCAACGAUUCUGAUAAGAACAGAGGUGGUGGAAUGUGGGCAUUAUUGUGGAGUACGCAUCAUUCACCCUUUGAUUGCUCUCCGCUCACUGGAAGAAUUGAGGACCAGCUAUAAUUUGAAUAAAAGUCAAAUUAUGCUGGACAUGCUAACAGAAAAUUUGUUCUAUGACACUGGCAUAGGAAAAAGCAAAUUUUUCCAAGACAUGCAAACAUUACUGCUCACGAGACAGCGUAACGAACAUGAAGGGGAAACGGAAACUUGGUUUUCCCCAUUCAUUGAAGCAUUACAUAAAGAUGAAGGGAAUGGUGCAGUUCAAGACGUAUUGCUUGAAGGUAUCCAUAGAUUCAACCCAAAUGCUUUCAUUUGCCAAGCUUUGGCAAGACAUUUCUACUUUAAAGAGAAAGAUUUUCGCAGUGCUUUAAAUUGGGCAAAUGAAGCCAAAAAGAUAGAACCUCAAAAUUCUUACAUUUCAGAUACACUGGGACAAGUCUACAAAAGUAAAAUUAGAUGGUGGAUAGAGGAUAAUGGAAAGAACAGAAGCAUUUCAGUUGAUGAUCUCACUGAGCUUUUGGAUUUAGCAGUUCAUGCUUCAAAUGCAUUCAAAGAAUCUCAACAGCAAAGUGAAGACAGAGAAAAUGAAGCCAACGAAAGAUUUCAUCAGAAGUCAAGAAGGCGGUAUGAUACUUACAAUAUAGCUGGUUAUCAAGGGGAGAUAGAAGUUGGGCUCUACACAAUCCAGGUUCUCCAGCUUGUUCCUUUUUUUGACAAUAAAAACGAACUAUCCAAAAAAGAUAUGAUCAGUUUUAUAUCAGGAAGUGGUGAUAUUCCUGGGGAUGCAAACAAUGAAUAUAAAUUAGCCCUCAAGAACUUUAUUCCUUAUCUAACUAAUUUGCGACUUUCUUUGAAAAAAUCUUUUGAUUUUUUUGAUGAUUAUUUUGUCCUUCUAAAACCCAGGAACAACAUCAAGCAAAAUGAACAAGACAAAACUCGGAGGAAGGUGGCUGGAUAUUUUAAGAAGUAUGCAGAUAUAUUUGGUCCCAUCGAGGAAUCAAAUAGAGACUUGGGAUCAAAGCUCAGUUUACCACUUCAAGUGGAACUAUAUCGGAGAAGCCUAGAACUUUUAAAGGCAGAUAAGUUUUCUGGGCUCUUGGAAUAUCUUAUCAAAAGUCAAGAAGAUGCUGUGAGCACCAUGGAAAACAUAGUGAACAAAUAUACUUUUCUCUUUGAGCAAUGCACUGUCAGAAUCCAGUCAAAGGAAAAACAAAACUUCAUCUUGGCCAACAUCGUUCUAUACUGCAUUAAGCCUGCCUCCAAAUCAGUGAAGCCAACUAAGAUACUAAAAGAACAGCUUAGAGAAGUUUUGCAGCCAAUAGGAACGAAUCAUCGAUUUUCAGAGCCUUAUUUCCUAGCUUCCCUCUUAUUCUGGCCAGAAAAUCAAAAACUAGAUCAAGAUUCUAAACAAAUAGAAAAAUAUGCUCGGUCAUUGGAAACUUCUUUCCGGGGACAAUAUAGACACAUGUAUCGUACAAAACAACCAAUUGCAUAUUUUUUUCUUGGAAAAGGUAAUGGUAUGAACAGACUUGUUCACAAAGGAAAAAUUGAUCAAUGCUUUGGAAAGACACCUGAUAUUUACUCCUUGUGGCAGAGUGGAGAGGUGUGGAAGGAGAAAAAGGUCCAAGAACUUUUGCUCCGUUUAAAGGGACGAGCUGAAAAUAACUGUUUGUACAUAGAAUAUGGGAUCAAUGAAAAAAUCACUAUAUCCAUCACUCCUGCUUUCUUGGGCCAACUGAGAAGUGGUAGAAGCAUAGAAAAGGUGUCUUUUUACCUUGGAUUUUCCAUCGGAGGCCCACUUGCUUAUGACAUUGAGAUUAUUUGAGUUUGAUCUUAUCUUCCCAGGAAUGUGAUCCCAGCAAACAAUACCUACUUAUUUCUUAGACACAUGACUUUAAUGUUAAACUGAAAAAUUGAAAGAUAGAGUCUUUGGUUUUUCACCCCUGUACAUAUAUAUAAAUAUUUUAUCAUAGGAUGAGUCCUAAAAAAAAAAAAAAAAGCCGGUGAAGAAGAAAGGAAUGAGAGUAAAAGUAUCAAAUAUUUUCCUUGAUUUGGAUAACACCAUCAAGAAUAAUAUAAGAGGGAGAUAUGUAUGGAAUUAAUGGAAUUAAUGUAUAGUUUAUGUGGUGGUAAGAGGAAAGUUGGUAGGCACUAUCGUUGCAACAAGUUUGGACUGGGUAAGCAUUUGAUUCUUGAUACUUACAAAUGUAGGAAUUGAUUGUAUUCUUCUGUUCCUUGCAGUGUGUUUUUGAAAUUGUGUUGUAAAACAAAAACAUGAAUGCAACUUGUUUUCGUCUUCAUGACCCAUUCAGUUUUUUUCACUGGAGGGGUUUGUUCCUUGCUACUGCAAGAAAUUUCAGCUCUAUGAUUUAUCAACUUGCUCUUGAUUUAAAAAAAAAAAAACUGGUCAAACACAGUAUUAUAAUGAGAAUAUCUAGUUACAUUUUCCUCAGUGACCAAUUCCUAUUCUGUCCCAGGUUUCAAUCUAUAAAGAAUCAUCUCAGUUGGGGUCUCUUACCCUCCUAGGUGAUUCUUCUGACUCAAACGAGCUUAGAUAGGUGGUCCCCCCAUGAUCUAUCUUAGGUACACGAAAAACACUCAUGGAUGUUUUCUCUACCGUUGGUAGGGAGAAUAGUUCACACUCAAUUCUUGGGGAACAGCAUAUCCCCUCAAAACAGGAGAAUGUAGGUCAAGCCUCCCAAGUGAACUUCCAGAAGCUCCCUUCUCUCUAGGCUUUCCAUGAGACUUCUGUGCCAAAAGAACCUCUUCAUAAUCCCUCUCUUCUUCAGUAACAGCAGUGGGGAACCUACAGCCUCAGAACAAAUCCAUUCUGACCUUUUAAUAAGCUUUUAUUGGAACACAACCAUGCUCAUUUGCUUAAGAAUCAACUUUGGCUACCUUUGCUAUCUAACCAGAGUUGAGUAGUUGCAAUAGAGACCUUGUAACUCACAAACUUGAAUAUAUUUUCUAGCUGACUCAUUACAGAAAGUUUGUCAACCUUUACCUGGUCAACCUCUGUUAUGUCUUUAAUCAGUUGUCUAAUUGAUUUUUGGAGAUUUACGUUGAAGACAUGCAUUUUAGUUUGUUACCUCAUUUUGGCAUCUGAUUUCUAUCAUUUUAGGAUCAAAAAUUAAAAUCUAAAACCUUUCACAUGAAAUCUGUAUUUCACAUUAAAAUAAACUAAGGAGCAGCAGAGUUAAGAGUGUGCAUUUUCCUUCUGAAGAAAAAUAGUCAUUCCUUCUGUGACAAGGUUGUCCCCAGAAGGAGAGGUGCCAGGUUCCCUGUUCCCCACCCUACCCCAACCCCCCUCCAGAAGGAGGGUGGAACUAAGGAGAGAAGAGAAGAAUCUGGAGAG